AUGACCUCGACUUCAACCGUCAGUAACAAAAUAUGGGAUACCAAUGACCAGGGUGAACACCUCGUUCAUCAACCGUCUCGACCUCCGGUCUCCCGAGGCCCAUCUACCCAUGUGAUUCGGACGGAACCUGGACAUCAGAACGAGACAUUCCAUGAUGGUCGUCCUUACUUAUAUGGACGCAUUUGGCGGGCCCGUUCUCUCAUGAUGGAGUAUGCCGGAGAGUUUUUUGGGACCAUGGUUCUUGUGAUGUUUGGAACAGCAGCCAACUGUCAAUACAAUUUAAGCUCUGUUCCUGCUAUUUCACCUUCUCCGGCUGGUACAUGGAGCCCUCUAAGUCUGGGUUGGGGAGCAGGUAUUGCACUGGGUGUAUUUCUUUCUGGCGGACACAUCAAUCCAGCUGUUACUCUAGCGAUGGCAGUCUGGCGUGGAUUUCCGUGGCACAAGGUUCCUGGCUACAUGCUUUCUCAGCUGCUAGGAAGUAUUUGCGGAGCGGCCAUUGUCUAUGGAAAUUACAAGACAGCCAUCGACAUCAAAGAAGGUGCAAAUAAUCUCAGGACUCUCAAAACUGCUGUCUAUUUCACCACAGUCCCUGUAAGCUUCCAGAUCCAUUUCCUGUUGGAAUAG